AUGGAUCGUUAUCUUCCUAAUAGAAAAACCCUAGAUAUGAUGGUUCUCGAGCUAGAAAUAGUAGCUGGAGCUCUCAGGAGCUUCAAGACACUUGAAAUCACCCAAAUGGAAGAUUUAAAGGAAGAACGUAACAACUUAUUAAUGGUCCGUACGCAGAUCAUGUCCACGGAGCUGAACUUCAAAAGAGAAAGUAAAAAAAUGAAUAGGUUUUGGUUUCUCAAGUUGAUUUUCGGCGAUGAGAUCCACGAGAUUUACCUAAGACUUCAUUCGGCUCGUGCUGAAGCUGAACGUGUCGAAGGAUACUUCGAAUCUAAAUUCAGGGAAAUAAGGGGUAAAAUACGAACCCCCAGUGAGAUAUUAAUGAUGGAAGAUGAUUAA